GUCCAUAUAAAGAGUUGUGUGUUAUUCCCACGGCAAAUUACCAUGGAUGCACCUGCAGCUCAGAUCCGUGCCGUGUGGACACUGAGGGUUAAAAGCGUUUUAGAGUCCAACCCAGCACCAAAUUAUGAAUAUAUAAGCAGAAAGUGAUGCGCUUAUGCAACACUUAGCAUAUUAGCCUUGUGAGUGAAUUAUCCUUGGAGGGUGACAUCUUUACAAGCAGUAAUCCCGCCCACACCAUCACAGUUCCGCCCCUUUCUGUCACUCCAUCCCCGCCUCCGUGUAAUGAGCCAGGGUGAGCCGAUGUGACCAGCGGGGCCUGACCUCCUUUCAUCCUCCGGUGAUGUGGCGCGGCAAGUAAGCAACGGGUUAGUCACUGAAACGCCUCACAACAGGCACCGCUGAUGCUGAUUAGAGUCCUGCUGGUGUGAGGGCAGAGGCAGAGACAGGAGAGGUCGGCAGUUUGACCCCCCUCGCUGAUGACACCUGCAAAACUCAUUUCUUCCAUCUCCCACCAUUUCACACAGUGCAUGAUGGGAGAUUGUAUCGAAUAUUGACAGGCCAGAUUGUUGGCCACAUACAUCAGGGCCUUCAGGUGAAGCUGUAUUUAGAUAGAGGCUCAAGGUCAGUGGUGUUAGCAUCGUGCUAACGUGCUCAAAAUAAAGGGUUCAUUGUGUUAGUAUAACGCUAUCUUCUGUGAGCCUCCUGAUGCAUCUGCUGGUAAUCAAAAGAGCCAUGAAACGGAGGGAGCGUUGCUUAAAAAAACAAGGGCAUCACCAUAACACGCACCAGCUUUUCUGCAAAGUUCUGACUAAUCAGACACAGUUGCAGAUUGGAAAAUGGUGUAAUCAGCAAAUCACAAAAGCUGCACUUCAUUUAUUCUAAUUUUGAUUGCUCUUUGAAGCUUUUAAUUUUUGCAGAAAUAGAAAUGCACAUUUUAUUAUAUACUUAAGUGAUGUAAUCCAAGUUUUUGCAACAGAAAAUAUGGUAAUCAUCCAUUUUUGAUGAAGUACAAACUCCAUGAUUUGUAUUCUAAUCAUAAUUUCACUUUCAUUGGACUCAGUACAUCUUGUACCUCAUACACAGGAAAUGUAUACUUUUAUAUUUAUAUCAGGAGCCAUGUUCGCUCUACAUAUCAUAGGUCGCCAUUUUGCACAGUGAAUAUUGAACUGGAGCUUGACUUAGAAGUCAAAUCACUUUUAUAGCACCUGUCGAAUAGAGGCAGUUUAUUUGGGUGUGUGACUGCUUCUUAUUUGUUCUUCUCUCUGAUGUUGAUGGAUGGAGGUUUGUCUUCUCUUACGUCAAUAUUUGCUGUGCAUGGCUGACGAGGAUGUCAUUAGUUUUCCAGGCACUGGUCACAAACCAUAGUGAGUGCUGAGGCCUGAUAAUGAUCACCUAAGUCAUGAGGAUGUAUCGUCUGAAUAGAAGUUGUGUCAUGGGAAUCCAAACUCUCCACCACAAAUAAGAUCCUCAUAAGUGCAGCUAUAAAAAAAAAAGUCGGGGGGAUUUUCUAAUUCAUUAGGAUUCGUCAUCUGGGAUCAAUGAAAGCUGAUAUAAAACUUUGUGCCAAUCCGUCCAAUUUAGAUGGAACAAUUUCAACCUUGAGCCAAAGUGGCGGACCCACCGACAGACACGGAUGUCCCUGCUGGGAGCUACAUGAAUCAGUAUUAAUACCAAUCAUGAGAAUUAAAUUUGAGUGAUUAUCUCUCCGUACAGCUGUGUAGCCCAGGAAAUGAGAUGUAAUGUAUUUAAUUAUUUCCCCCACUCUUGAAUGGAAAAUAAAUCUGUGGACGCAGUAAACACGAGCGAGUAGCUUUGCCAAACGCACAAACAUCCAUCCAGGGAUUAAGUGGUCACCCUGCCUGCCAUCAAGGCCACACGAGCUAAUAAUUAGAAUGGGACAAGGAAGGGUUAUUAAGAGGUUCUGAAGGAUAGUCUAGUUUAUUUACAUAUUUAUACAGGACGAGACACUGUGUGUGUUUAAAAGUGACGGUGUCUGUGUGUUGUACUUGUCCUGCUAGUGCACUGAAAGCCUGUAGGCGCCAGCCGACCUGGCCACGUGCUCAGUGAACGAAUGAGCCCUAAUUGACCAGAUAUCCUUCAUUACACGUGUGCUUGCAUUUGUCCACUCUCCUCAAAGCUUGUGAUAGCGUGCACUUCCCAUGCCAGGGAUGUCGCAUUUGAAUAUUUUUUAGAACAUCUGUCGUCAGAGUUUUGAUAUUUGCUCGGGGUAUCAUUGGGUAAAUUAUUUCCUUCUUCCACAGGGACAUUUUGAAGUGGGCGGGGUGCCGUCCUCGUGGACGUGAGGAUGUUUCGCAAGAAGAAAAAGAAGAGGCCCGAGAUAUCGGCGCCCAAGAACUUCGAGCACCGCGUCCACACCUCGUUUGACGCCAAGCACGGCUGCUUCGUGGGCCUUCCGAUGCAAUGGCAGAGCCUGAUAGAGAACCUGCGCAGGCCCAAACCCAUGGUGGACCCCUCCAGGAUCACAGAGGUGGAGCUGAGGCCAAAGAAGACUAUCGUGCGCGGGAGCAUGAUCGGUCACGGCGACUACAUCGCGGCUAUGAUCAGCGACAUGAGCCGUCUGUCUGUGACCAGCUCCAACUCUCUGAGGAAGAGCAGUCCCUCGGCCAGGAAGAGGGCCCAGUCUCUGGGGAGACUGGGGGAGGUGAACGAGGCUGACGCCUAUCAGUACGAGAGCUUGACGCAGGACGGCGAGGACGACGAGGACGCGGAGCAGGACGAGUGGAGGGGCAAGGCCAGGAACAUCCACAGUGAGACCAACACGCCUUACCUGGGCAUGAAGAAGAGCAUCACUCUGCAACCCAAUGGCAUCUUACCAAAGGCCAAGUCUACUUAUGAAGUCGGCUCCCAGGAAGGAGCUCUGCAUCUCCCUCAGCCACAGAACAUCCCAGUGCCAAGUUACGGGGCUUACAUGAACACUGAGGUGGGCAGUCCUCAGGAGAGAGUCAUAUGGAAGAGGGAGUUCCAGCUGCCAAGGGGAAUGCCGCCCAAUCAGAGGCCGAUAGCGUGUUUCUACAGUCCAGCUAUGACUGUACAGCAGCCACGCGGAGAUCAGGGGACAGUAACUACAGAGCUGCGACCAAAUGUACCCAUGUACAUACACCCACAGAACAGCCCCGGGAGGCCGUUCUCUUCCUAUGACUUGAAGGCAGAGUCGACAGUGAGGUACCACUCCAGCUUCCUGCCCACUGGCACCAGCAGUCCACUGGUGGGUGGCAUCAGACCCCAGCGGACAGUGCGCUCCUCAGCCAGCUACACCCUGGGCUUGUCUCCUAACAUGGGACUGAGACCCAGCGUUCCAGAGCCUUUCCUCAGACACUCUGGAUGCCCUAACCCUCCUUACCCCAGGCAGGACAGUCCCUCCCAACCCCGACCCUCUCCUACAGGCUCACUAGCGACCAGCCCGCCCGGCACCUGCUCUCCUGCCUUCAGACCCCCGCAUCACCUUUCCCCCAGGCCGCCUCCCGACCCACCAAAGGUGACCCACGAACAGUUCAAAGCCGCCCUGCAGAUGGUGGUGGACAAGGGCGAUCCACGAUCGUACCUUGAGAACUUUGUGAAGAUUGGCGAGGGCUCGACGGGGGUGGUGUGCAUCGCCACGGAGAAGCACAGCGGGAGGGAGGUAGCGGUGAAGAUGAUGGACCUGCGGCGGCAGCAAAGAAGAGAGUUGCUUUUUAACGAGGUGGUAAUCAUGAGGGACUAUCAGCACAGGAAUGUGGUGGAGAUGUUCAAGUCUGCACUGGUGGAGGAGGAGCUGUGGGUAAUCAUGGAGUACCUGCAGGGGGGAGCACUCACAAACAUCGUGUCUGAAACCAGGCUGAAUGAAGAGCAGAUUGCCACCGUGUGUGAAGCUGUUCUCCAGGCACUGGCAUAUCUCCAUUCACAGGGAGUCAUCCACAGAGACAUCAAGAGUGACUCCAUACUACUCACGUUAGAUGGAAGAGUCAAGCUUUCAGAUUUCGGCUUCUGUGCCCAAAUCAGUAAGGACAUCCCAAAGAGGAAGUCUUUAGUGGGGACGCCGUAUUGGAUGGCACCUGAGGUCAUCUCCAAAUCACCAUAUGGCACUGAGGUGGAUGUUUGGUCCAUGGGAGUCAUGGUGGUGGAGAUGGUUGACGGAGAGCCGCCGUACUUCAGUGAGACCCCUGUAGCAGCUAUGAAGAGGCUGAGGGACGAACCGGCUCCUACUGUACGGAACGUCAGCCAGAUCUCCCCGGUCCUGAAAGACUUCCUGGAUCGUAUGCUGACCCGGGACCCGCUGGAGCGGGCGAGUGCCACCGACCUGCUGGAGCACCCUUUCCUGCUGCAGAGCGGCUCACCUCAGUGCCUGGUCCCGCUGGUGGAGCAGUACCGCAAGCGCAUGUCUCGCUGCUGACCCUCGUGGGGCUCCCAGGCCCCGCCCUGCCCCCCACUCCCCCAACGCCCCCACCUUCAGUCUGACCAGUCCAGGUCCAGGCUCCAGAGAAGCAGACCCAGACAGCGUGACGGUGGCAAGCGGCAAAGGAAGGUUGACAGAUAACCGCAUGGUCUCAGGCAUGAGAGAAGCACUUUAGGAGUCAGUAAAAAAAGGCAGCAUGCAAAUUCCUCACCUCUCGAUUCGGGUUCAAACCCUGAGUUUUGAUCGGCUUCCUGUAACUUUUCAGUGGGAUUCAACGUUGCGACGUGGUGCAUAUCAGCUGAUAGCAAAAAUCAAUGUUCCACGUAACUCUGCAGUAUAUAACGAACAUGCACUUCUUUCAAGUUCACCGUGGGCGUUACCGUCAGCCGCGUGGAGCCCAUGAAGCUGAAACUUGAGUAGCUCUGUGUGACAUUGUCACGGAAAGGAAGUCACUUCUGCACACUUUCUGCUGUGGGAACUGGACAAGAACGUUUUUCUGUACGUUCCACAAACACAGACAGCAGACUCUUUGCAUGGCCAAAUGGAGGCAACACCUGGCCUGAUGUGAAUGCUUGAAUAUGAACCAAACUGGGACGCGAGAGACGAUAAUUCUCCUUUAUUAGCAUAAUAAAUGGGCAGGUGAAAGCCCAGCUGCUACUAAUGGGCUAUUGGAAGAAUACCAGGACCAUUUUUUCUCCUUUUUCAUAUUUAUUAUUCUUUAUUUCUAUAAACUUUGUCGUGGGUCGUUUGUAUGACGUGAAGUUGCAAAUAAGGUUUCUUUGUUAAUUCUGGACUUCAGAUAUAAGCCGACGAACUAAUAAUGUAAAUACUGAACAUUAGGUCCUUAUUUUACCUCCCGAUUCACUGCAGUAAAUUAUUUGAGUUGAAUUCUGGUUUCCUUUACAGAAAUGUGAGCGUAUAGUUAAAUAUGUUUGUGUGCAUGAGUUUACAUGGGCGUGUGUGUGUGUGUGUGUGUGUGUGUGAUUCUGGAACAACCACUCUUUGUAAUGUGACAGACUUUUUAAAAAAAACACCACAAGGUGUGUGCGUGUGUGUGUGUUUGUGU